AUGAAUUUUUGUGCUUACAACGUUCGUGGAGUUAAUAAAAAGAUAUCCUUUGCUCAGGAUUUUAUUCGUGAUAAUAACAUUGGUCUUAUCGCGCUCCUCGAAACGCAUGUUAAGCAGGCCUCGGCCACUUUUGUCUCUAAAUCCAUCCGUCCCGACUUUUGUUGGUACUUUAACUACCCUCACCACCAUAAUGGUCACAUCUGGGUAGGGUGGAACCCAGCUUUGUGGUCUAUUGUGCCUCUGGUUACUGACGCUCAGCAUAUCACUUGUGGGGUAACAAAUUUGUCUACUAAUGAGCAUUUCUUGGUCUCUUUUGUGUAUGCUCUUAAUUCUGCGGUAGAAAGGAAAAAUCUAUGGGCUUCUUUAGUCAGUUUUCAUGACUCUGUGCUGGUUAAUGGUAUAUGCCCUCCCUGGAUAGCCCUUGGUGAUUUCAAUGUUUGUUUAAAUGUCAAUGAAAUUAGUGGAGGUAAGACUGUGGUUACUUCGGGUAUGACUGACUUCAGGGACUGUCUUAAUGCUAUUUCUAUGGUUGAUUUACACUAUUCUGGGCAAUUCCUUACAUGGUGGGAUAAGGGUAAAAUUCUAAAGAAGCUCGACCGCGCUCUUGUCAACCCGUCAUGGUUGGAUUGCUUCCGUAAUUCUUAUGCUCGGUUUUUGCCUCGGGGUCUGUCCGAUCACUGCCCAGUUGUGGCAACCACGGGUACUGUUCCUGAGAAAAUCUCUCGUCCUUUCCAGGUGUUCAAACAUAUCAUUGAGGAUAGUUCUUUUCUCCAUGUGGUCACUGAAGCAUGGAACUCCUCUGUUUUUGGUGACCCCUGGUAUGUGUUAUCGACUAAACUAAAGCGAGUUAAAUCUGCUCUUAUUGCCCUGAACCGUAGUAGAGGAGACCUCCACAUUGCAGUUUGUAAAGCUAAAGCUAAUUUACAUCUUUUGCAAGAUUCCAUGCCUUCACAGCCUAAUGACAAUUACAUUCUUGAAGAAGCUCGUUUAUGUUCCUCUCUCAAAGACGCUCUGCUUAAGGAGGAAACUUUUCUCAAACAAAAAGCUCGUGUCAGGUGGCUUAACCUGGGAGAUGGUAACAAUAAAUAUUUCUAUAAUGCUUGUCGUGGUCGUUGGAACACGAACAAGAUUGUUUCUUUAGAAGAUGAGUCGGGGAACGUUUUCUAUACUCAUAAAGCUAUUUCCGGGGUGGCUGUUAAUUAUUUUGAGAAUUUGUUAGGGAAACAUGUGACUACUGGUCCCAUUGCUGCUGAUAUUUCUAUCCCCUGUCUUGAGGAUUGCCAUCGUCGUCUUCUUAUGAUAAACUUUUCUGAGAAAGAGGGUGAUGAACCGCAAGAAAUUCCAGCAGAAGUUCCUUCAAAUACAAUUGGCACCAACCCUACUGUUGAAAAGGAUAAGGCUAUUCCUGCAGCUGCUCCGAUGUCAAAACCAGUAUAUCCACCACCUCCAUUUCCUAGGAGGUUAAAAAAACAGCAGCUGGAUAAGCAAUUUGGUAAAUUCCUAGAAGUAUUCAAAAAGCUUCACAUCAACAUUCCAUUUGCUGAAGCACUCGAACAAAUGCCUAGUUAUGCCAAGUUCAUGAAGGGUAUUCUUUCAAAAAAGCUAAAGCUCGAAGAGUUAGAGACCGUGGCUUUAACGGAGGAAUGUAGUGCUGUGAGGAAGAGGAAAAACUUUUGA